UGUUAGAGUCUACCUGGCCCUCCAGUACCAGAGGAGGUUACUUCAUGUGGAUGAAGCUGAGGAACGUGGUUAUGGGUGUGGCUCAGUUCAGACAGGCGCUACGGAAACAGCAGGCUCCACCCACUCCGAGCCCUCUGUCAGAUGGCAGCGACCUGGACGCUGUGAGUCACGGCAGCCUGGAUAGCUCUGCCGACACUAACACGGCCGAGCAGGGCCCCUACGCCACCGACUCCAUCAAAGUAGACCCCACUGACGAUAGGCGUAGCACAGUCAGCCGCGGGGACUGGGGCGGUGUGGGGUCGGACAUCCGGUCGGGUCACUCACACUGGGGGGGUUCUGACCUCCACUCCCCCCGCCACUCAGGUGACCAGUCAGACCUGGGGUAUAACUCCCUAUCUAAAGAAGAGGUGCGUAGAGGAGGGCCCACCCCACUGGACAGGGGCAGGGACAGUACCCAGGACAAGGACAACAAGAAAGAGAGGGACUGCAGCUCCUUGUCGGAGACAGAGAGUGCUAAGGGCAGUGGAGACGGUCUCCCCCAACAGGACUUCCCAGAGGUCAACGGUCCAUUCAAGCGGCAUAAUUCCGGCAUCGUCCGCGGCAACUGUCCCUAUGACGAUGCAGCCUGUGAGCCCAAGGGGUCAACCAGCACCGACCAUGUAGCAGGUCUGCUGUUCACCUUCUGUCUGGAGGAGAUAGGUGUAGUUGAGGCUAACAGUCUGAGGAGGAGACAUCUCAGUGCCCUUGAGGAGGGAGGUGGCAGUGGGAGUAGUGGAGGAGGCCAUGAAUGGCAGAGUGUGCGAGGGCGCAGACUGAGUGGAGACAACAGGGUUGCCAGUGGUAGCACUGGCACUCCAGUGCUGGGUCUGGGGCUGCACCAGGGAGAGACUGACCCAGCCAGGAUAGCAGAGAACCUGGGGGCAGACGCCAAGAUCCUCCAGGGGACCAGCUUCAGCCAGACCUGCCAGACCAAGAGGCCCCGGUCGUUAGCCCUGGGAGGGUCAGAGGGGGUCGGAGCAGCAGGGGGUAGAACCAGGCGCUGCAGACGUAGAGACAGCCCAGAAGACGGAGAGGAGAGGGACUCCAGUGACGAGGACAAGAAUAACACAGACGCCAUCUUUGAUCUGGAGGACCUAGAUCUGGAAGGACCGACCACAGAGAGCGUUGCUAAAACCAGCCAAUCAAGGAAGAGGACGGUGGAACGCAGCGCCAGCUAUGGCAGUGUGGGUGUGGCCUCAGCCUCGCGGGGAGCCGUUAAACGAACAGGGAUCGAGACAGGCUUCGACCCGCUGUCCCUCCUGGCAGCUGAGUCCAAGUCACAGGGGGACAGAGAGGACGACCUGGAAGUAGAGAUGGAUGGGGUCGCGACCCCUACGGGCCGCCGCCGAGACCACCUGGCUAGGGAGAUAGAGAUGUACAUGAACCAUAUGGGUUCUCCUCUGAACAGCCGGACCUCCAGUAUGGACCUCCAAGACCCCUCCAGUCCCCUGUUCCUCCAUCCUCCUCCCCCACUCAUCACCACACCUCGACGGGCCAGUCUCCCCCAUAGCUCCCCUCUCAGGACAGGAGGAUUACCGCGCUCCAGGACCUACCACUCCCCCUCGCCCUCCCAGCCUGGCAGACAGAGGCUCUGGUCCUCACCCUCCUGUCCCCGCUCCACCCCCACCCCCAGCCCCUACCGGGAGAGGGAGAGAGACAGGGACCUGGGUUUGCUGCUCCCCUCUAUGUCCUCCUCCUCCUUCGCCCUGGACCAGCUCCUCACCCCCACCCUGGAUGUGUUUAAGAGCAGCAUGUUCUCAGCCGGGAAAGGUGUAGCAGAGAAGGCUAGCAAGUGGUACUCUCGCCUGGCCACCUCCUACACCAUGCCCACCAAGGAUGGGAACUGUGACCGUCUGAGUGUGUCCUCUCUGGGCAUGGACCCUGACUGCUCCUCCCUGUUGGAUGUGGAUGAGGAGGGCCUGGGGGACCCAGAGGGCUCCAUCAUCUCCCCUCAAAGGAACGGCCCCGGGCCCCGUAGGAGCCCCAGGAGAAGCCCACCCAGACGCAGUCCCUUGAGGAGCAGACUGGACAGUCCCACACACAGACAGACAGACGGACAGACAGCCCCACACAGACAGACAGGCUUUCCUCUCCCAGACCGGUCCGAUCUGGGCUCGUCUCGCUACACCAGCAAUACCAGUGUCUUCCAGAACUACGCCAUGGAGCUGCUGAUCUCCAGCUGCUCUCGCUGUAAGACGUGUGACUGUCUGGUGUACGAUGAGGAGAUCAUGGCAGGAUGGACGGCUGACGACUCGAACCUCAACACCACCUGUCCCUUCUGUGGGGUCCCCUUCCUCCCCUUCCUCAAUGUAGAGAUCAGAGACCUGAGAGGACCUGGGAGGUUCUUCCUGAAGAGCAGUCCGUCAGCGGAUGAGGCUGUGUCGUCGUCCUACUCUGUGUCCACCGGUCUGGACACCGGGACGUCCACCCUGUCCACUCCCUGUCCCACCACCGUCCUGUCACCUCUCUCACCCAGGAUCACUGUAGAGGGCUGCUCUGGUAACAACAGGGCCCAGUGUAUAGAGAUCCCCACAGAGCGGCGCCAGGGGGCCCUGUCCCCAGGGUCAGCUAUGGUGCGGAGUGUCAGUGCCUUUGGCCCCAUGCAGGAACCGACUACACUCAACCACAGUGUACCAACUACAGGCAGCUUGCCCAGCCGACUCAACGAAGCCACCGACUCCCUGGGUAUGGAUGUGGACUGGCGUCUUCACCACCCUGAACCAGUCACGGUACCCUACCUGAGUCCCCUGGUGCUGUGGAAGGAGCUGGAGUCCCUGCUGGAGAACGAGGGAGACCCUGUUAUCACAGUAUCGUCCGUGGUGGACCACCACCCCAUCAUCUACUGGAACCUGGUUUGGUACUUCAGACGCCUGGACCUGCCCAGCAACCUGCCUGGACUCAUACUGACCUCAGAGCACUGCAACAGGGGAUCUACGGUCCCUCGCCACUGGAUGUCAGAGGACAGCAAACACGUGUUGAUCCAGAUCUUAUGGGACAACCUCAAGCUGCACCAGGAUCCCAUCCAGCCGUUUUACAUCCUCUGGAACACACAGAGGCUUAAUUGUGCUCUGUUGUUAGACAGUGUGGGCUACCCAUUGUGUCGUCCUGUGAGCGAGGCGGAGCGUCCGUUUGGGGAGGAGCUACUCCACAGCGUGGUCAAGAGCAUCCAGAGGAACGACGUCUCUCGACCAAUGGGACAGCUCCUACAGCUGCUGGGGCAGAGCCUGGGGGUCAAGAGGCAAAGGAGUCUGUACAGAGAUAUCCUCUUCCUGUCUCUGGUGGCUCUGGGAAAGGACAACAUUGACAUCGACGCUUUUGACCGUGAAUACAAGAUGGCGUACGACCGCCUCAGCCCGACCCUGGUGAAGCUGACGCACAACUGUGACCGUCCGCCCAGCGCUGGGGUCAUGGAGUGUCGCAAGACCUUCGGAGAGCCCUACCUCUGAACUCUGACCCCUUACCCCUGACAUGACACCUCCGACACCUCAGCCUCCACCCGGCCAGUCACCUCCACCACCCAGCAUAGCACAGCCAUGGGUAGCACACAUGGGUAGGGUUCAAGAGAUCUUUGUGUCCAUGAAAAGCACAGUAUAAAAUCAAUUUAUUACAACGGUGGCUCUCCCAAAGAGGACAGAGGAUUGCUUUAAAAGACAAGCUCAGGAAGCCCUUAAGAAAGACUUAGAGAAUGUGUGAUGAUACCUUGUUGAUACCGUGUGUUUGGGUCAUGUCUGUAACCUGUGAGAAACGUGACGGGGUUGACGAGAGUGUAAAGGAACUGACGAACCAAGGCUGGUAUUAUGUAGUCCGACUAGUCUCACAAAAGGGAUUUUUUUUAAAAUCACAUCUCAUCACUUGGAUGUAUAUGAACUGGACAUACCACUCUGGAUGGAUGGAGAUCAUACACAUUAACGUAACAACGUUUUCACACAAAAAUUUGUUCCAUUUCGGGGUACUUAUGUUUUAAAAAUCUUGUACAAAUUGAUAUAUACAAUGCAAAAUGUACUUUAUAUACCACAGUAGUAGAACCUUUUUUAAAACAACAUUUCUAUUAUAUAGUCAUAUAUAAAGACUAAUAUUAGCAAUAUUUUACUUAACGUUAAUUCUAUUUAUUCAAAGUAAGCAUUUUAUUUAUUCUAGUCUGUUUUAUUUGUUUAGUGGAUGUACUGGCUUCAUGUCAGGUUGAACAUCCAUUCCUCUCCUCCUGUGGUUGAUGGAUGUACUGGCUUCAUGUCAGGUUGAACAUCCAUUCCUCUCCUCCUGUGGUUGAUGGAUGUACUGGCUUCAUGUCAGGUUGAACAUCCAUUCCUCUCCUCCUGUGGUUGAUGGAUGUACUGGCUUCAUGUCAGGUUGAACAUCCAUUCCUCCCCUCCUGUGGUUGAUGGAUGUACUGGCUUCAUGUCAGGUUGAACAUCCAUUCCUCUCCUCCUGUGGUUGAUGGAUGUACUGGCUUCAUGUCAGGUUGAACAUCCAUUCCUCUCCUCCUGUGGUUGAUGGAUGUACUGGCUUCAUGUCAGGUUGAACAUCCAUUCCUCUCCUCCUGUGGUUGAUGGAUGUACUGGCUUCAUGUCAGGUUGAACAUCCAUUCCUCUCCUCCUGUGGUUGAUGGAUGUACUGGCUUCAUGUCAGGUUGAACAUCCAUUCCUCUCCUCCUGUGGUUGAUGGAUGUACUGGCUUCAUGUCAGGUUGAACAUCCAUUCCUCUCCUCCUGUGGUUGAUGGCUGUUAAAAGGUCUAGGAGUAUCUACAGUGUAGUGUUACGGUACAGGCUACUGUACCACAUUAAUUUCCAUCAUAAACUGAACUAAGCUGAUUUGCAGUAUUGUAUCAGUGGGGGCGUUGAAAGAUUUACUCUAAACCACCAAAGGUCGCUUUAAAACUGCCAAAAUGUUGCGUUAAAUACUUAAUUUCCGCUGCACUUUACAACAGAUUUUGUUGUUGUUGACAAGACGCAUCCUGAGUAUGGAUUGAUUCGUUUGAUCAAAAAUAUUAAAUGUAUUUCACAGAAAUACCCAUACUGAGUCGAAUACUGUGACGUUUACAAAACUGAUUGACCACUGUUUCUGUUUUUAAAGUAACGUGCAAUUGUAAAAACAGACUUUGACAUCUUUGGCACAACAUGCUGUAUGAAUCGACACCGCAGAUAUCAGUAUUAAUAUCGUUAAAGUGAAAGUACCUUCACGUUUCAAAGUUUGAGUACCCUUUGAGGACCUCCUGUUAAGAACAUUUAGUUACCCUUUUGAUAUAUGGAGGGAAUAUUUCUACACAACAGUAGGUUCCGUAUCCUUUCGUAUUCUCUAUACUACCUGUACGUAUGAGCUGUGAAUAGUGGGUUAUGACAAGGAAAGUAUGGGUUAUUCAAUAGUUUUGAGGUAACUGUCUGUUCCCCUUUAAAAAAAAACGUAUUUGGGGUUUUAAUUUUCUUAUGUGUUUGAGAACCAAAAAGUAAUAAUCCAAAACAGUACGAUGGUACAGUGUGUGUGUAUACUGAACAAAAAUAUAAACGCAACAUGUAAAGUCUUGGUCCCAUUUUUCAUGAGCUGAA